CUUCCUUUCCUCCCCUGAAGCCCCGCUAUCUUUAGCACUGUCGCGGAUUACCGUGCACUGAGAGCAGGAUCGACUACCUGCCCCAUCGCUUCCCCCCUAGCCCCGAAGAGAGCUCCUCAAAACGAACUACACAGCGACAUCAAUCCCCACAAAGGAUGGGGGAAUGACAACGAAAUUCCCGUCCGCGGUUCUCCGUUCCCGACAAGACUACCACCUCCAGCACCCGCGACGAUGCUGCUGCUCUCCAGCCCGCGGAGCGAACGCCAACGCCGGGCCUCGACGUUGCUCCUUGCCGCGGUCGUGCUCUGCGUCUUUCGCGCUGCUGCAAGCCUGCCAGCCGGCAGAACGUGCCCUCACCACAUCGACUGUGCCAAAGAGGGACGCCACCUGUGCCGACCCGGAUUCACCACCUGUGGCUCCUGCCUCGCUCCGCUGGUGGAGGACGAGACGGGUCGCUGCGUGACCAAAAGGAGAUAUCAUCAACAUGCGAAAGCGCCAUUGUACCCAGACUUGGAUGAAGAGAUCGAUUUCAUCCACUCAUACAUUGAAAAACAGGAAGUGUCUGCGAUCGAAGCACCCAAAACACAUUUGAAACCUCCCGUCGCCGUCCUCUCAGCCAAAAGCGGAAUCAAGAUGGCCGCCUCCGAACAGGGGCAACUGGGCCGAGAUGGCUCGUCCGCCCAAACCCGAAACGGCACCGCUGCAGGGUCCCGUCUCAGCAACGCGUCCACUCCCCAACCCACCCGAGGGGACGGUCGACGCGGCCCGCUCGUCCAGAACGCUCACAGGGACGACAAGAUCAUCAUCAUUGUCAUCUCCUUGUUCGUGGCGAUCGGCACCGUAGCAUUGAUCAUGGCGACUGUCUGCUACGUCAAGUUGCGUAAAGAAUCACGUCUGGCUCAGAAGGUGGACUAUCCCGCCUUCAGGGGUGCAGGUGUGACCGCCGCCACUGGUGCUGGUAAAUCGAUUGGGGAUAAAACUCUCGCACAAAGUGCUCAAAUGUACCACUAUCAGCACCAAAAACAGCAGAUGCUCUCCAUUGGGAAUCAUAAACCGGAACAAAAAAACAUGGACUUGGAGAUCACCUCAGAUGAAGAAGAGGCAGGAGACUUCACGGUGUACGAAUGUCCUGGACUUGCUCCGACCGGCGAGAUGGAGGUGAAAAAUCCUCUGUUUGACGACUCCACCAUGCAUUAUCAGGGGAAUCAAAAGUGAAUGCUGAACACGCACACGUGCAAACACUCACACUUGCAUGCAGACAAACGGAGGAAAACUGGCAGAAGACGAGACGAUUAAAAAAAAAAAGUUGCAUUGUCUCUCGCUUGUGGCCCUUUACUAAUCCUUCCCUCGCCUUCUCCAUGCCUCUCUCCUUCCUGCUUUUAUGACCCUGGUGUAAUUUUGGGUUCUUUGUGAAUUUUAAGUCUUUUAACACAAAGACUCCUCCUUGAGUUGUUGCUUGUGAGCGUCCUGUCCUCAAAUUAAAUUUUAAACUCUUUACGUUGCAAUAUCUCUUUCCGUCAUUUCUGCGACUGUGAGAAAAUAGCAAGAGCAUGUAGGAACACACACACACAGAUACACACACACACACACACACACGCAUAAGCAGAAAAACAGGUGCACUUCUCUGUUUUGUCAUGCGUAGCUUGUGGCUAAACCACAUUCUUAGCAGGAAAUAUUUAACAUCCCAUUGCUGAAAUUUUAGCAUCACCCUUGCUGAUUUGAUUUUUCAUCAUAUGAGCUGCGCAUAAAGAUUUUAAGAUCUAGAAAUAUAUAUAUAUAUAUAUGUAUAUGUAUAUGUAUAUGUAUAUGUAUAUGUAUAUGUAUAUGUAUAUGUAUAUGUAUAUGUAUAUGUAUAUGUAUAUAUAUAUAUAUAUAUAUAUAUAUAUAUAUAUGUAUAUAUAUAUAUAUAUAUAUAUGUACAUACUGUAUAUCCAUAUAUAUGUUAUUAUAUAUACAUAUAUGUGUAUAUAUAUAUAUAUAUGUACAUACUGUAUAUCCAUAUAUAUGUUAUUAUAUAUACAUAUAUGUGUAUAUAUAGACUUAUAUACGUACUUAUACAGUAUGUACGCAUCCACAUAUGAAGUACUUGAUGAUGUCUGUUGCAUGGUUUGAGCGUAUUGUGCAAUGCAAAAAUCCUUCUGCCUCCUGCUUAUGCAGCCUGUCAAUAGAGGACGAAUGUACAGUCCAAGUGACAUUUGAAUGAUUUUUUUUCCUGGGGUGGAGAGUAGGAAAGAUGGUAGUAGGGCUCUUUUUGAAGGGGGGGGGACAGACUAUAUUGAUAGAUGUAUCGGUGGUCAAUUUCACUAUCUUGUGUUGUCCCGCUCUGUCAUCUUGUCGGUCCCAAAGUGAAUCUCCUGCUGCAAAAAUGUACAUAAAAGCGUGAAAGUGUUCACCUUUUAUAGAUAUUUGUACAUGCAGAACAAGGAUCGGUAAUAAAACUUUUUACCACGGCA